AUGGAACAAUCACCAUUAUUCAAUGUUGGUGGUAGUGGUGCUGGUGGUCCAUCGGCGGCGUCGACUAUCAGUGCAUUGUAUGCUGGAUGCAGUCAAGCGCAUGAAUUCGAUGAUCCACCUAAUCUCCAAGAGAAAGUUGAACUGAUCAUGAGAAAUUGGAUUGAAAUCUACCAGAGUCCUAAACAACGUGAUCCAGCUACUAUUGAAGCUUUAAUAAGCCAACUGACACAAAUUGGUGUACUACCCAAUAUUCAUAAUUCUACUCGAUUUUUACGAUUAGCUACUAUAUUUGUGAUUGAAAGAGCCUUGAAACAGUUGAAAUUGCAAGAACAACAGCAACAACACCAACAUCAACAACACGCUCAAAUACCUAACGGUAGUGCUGCUACUGGUAACGGUAGUACUGCCAACGGAGCAGCCAAUCCAGCUAUUAAUCGUGUUGCCGCCUACGUGGAGUUAGAUGCUUAUGCUCGUCUAGUCACUAUCAUUGUUAGUCAGUUAGGCGAAACACCUCAAGGGGAAUAUCCUAAUGCUAAGGUUGCAUUGUUGAACAAAGUGUUGGGGCUAAUCGCUGGCACAUUACUUCAAGAGCAUGAAGUUCGUCGUGAUUUAUUUCACCCUAUGCCGUUUGAACGCCUGUUGGUUAUGUUGUUUGUGGAAUUACAAUCGCCAAGCGCAUUCCCAGCAAUACUUCCAUUCCCAAUCGGUAUUUCACCAAGAUCCGAUGAUGGUGGCAAUAUUCAUCAAAACAUUGAGACAGAUAAAAGCAAACAAAGCGAUAUUAGUGGUAGUGAUGCUCGAACUGCAGCCUCAUCGUUGAAGUCACUGGGUCCACUCACCCUUCAACAACAAUUACCUCUUAUCUUUUGUCAUUUGUUACACUGUUUACGACCGGAGAAAGCGACUGCAUUUGUAUUCUCAUGGCUUGAAAUGUUAGCGCAUCGUUGGUUUGUUGGACGUAUUCUCUGUGCUCCUGGGCCACCGAAACUUCGUGCUGCCUAUCAGGCAAUGUAUGCUCAAUUGUUAACUGAUUUACUAAAAUUUUUGGGUUAUUUCCUGCAGAAUGCUUUAAUGCCAAAACCGAUUCAGUGUUUAUACAAAGCAACUUUACGGUUGCUGUUGGUGUUAAUACAUGAUUUUCCUGACUUUGUCUCAGAUUAUUAUGCAUUGUUCUGUGAUGUUGUCCCGUCAAACUCUAUUCAAAUGCGUAAUAUUAUCUUGUCAGCUCUUCCGAAACGUGGCAUUCCGUCGGCUGAUCCUUUACAGGCUCCUCCAGUUGAUCACUUGGCAUCACUUGAAGAUCCUACUGGAUAUUGUAUGGAGGCUGGAUCUCGACUUCCAGAGCCAAUGCGAUGUGAAUUGGACGCCUAUCUUACUACACGAGCUCCUGUAAAAUUGUUGAGUGAAUUAGUCACUAUGCUGAGACGUGCUGAUGAUAUAAUGCCACCAUUACCACCGCCUCAAUUCGCCUAUCAUCCACAGCAACAGGCUAGACAUCAACAAGCUCUUGCAGCGUAUGCUGUAGCGCUGGCCGCCAAUGAUGUUGGCAGCUCAACAAACUCUAUGAAUAAAGGCGAAGAAGUGAAGUCCAGCGACGAUCAUUUCACAACGAAUCAAUCAGGCAACAAAACAGUUGGAAAGACUGGUACAUCAGAGUCGUGGGAAGCAAAUCCGUCUGACACUAGUGGUAGUAGUAGUAGUGAUACACUAACUAGUGGAGGAACUGGAUCGACAAGAUCUGCUACUGCCGCCUUACCCAGUACUGUAAAUGGAAGUUCUAGUGCCGCUUUAGCUGCUCUACUAUGGGGUGUACGUGCUACACAACAAUUGGCAACAUUUGGUCUCGCUGAUAGCAUGCAUUAUAAUAUUGAAUUAAUGACAAAUUUAACGCUGUAUGUUUGUAUCACAGCGAUACGUAGUCUACGUGAGAAAGGAAUGCCUUUGAAUAUGAGCACUAUUGCACAUACUCCACAAAUGGAUAUCAUACAAAGUCUAGUUUUAAAUCUUGAUAAUGAAGGUCGUUAUCUCCUGCUGAAUUGUAUGGCAAAUCAACUUCGUUAUCCAAAUUCGCACACGUAUUACUUCAGUUAUACCAUAUUGUAUCUAUUCUCUGAACAAUCUAAGGAACAAGUAAAGGAACAAAUAAGUCGUGUUCUCAUGGAAAGAUUAAUUGUUAACCGGCCACAUCCAUGGGGAUUAUUAAUGACUAGUGCGGAAUUAUUGCGUAACCCAGCUUAUCGAUUUUGGGAACAUGAAUUCGCUAGAUGUAAUCCAGAGAUUGAAGCAAUUGUGACAAUCGUUGCUCGUAGUUGUAUACCAAAUUUUCAAAUCCCUAAUGUUGUUGUAAAUUCGUCUCCUGAUGUCUGUACCACCUCCGGUGUUGUUUCAUCUGGAUUACGUUAUGCUCUGUCGUCGUCGUCAUCAGGUCCUGCUGCUGCUACUGCAACUGCUCAAGGUUCAAUGUGA